AUGGAUUACACUGAAGAUCAAUCACUUGUUGAGUCUGAGAGGGAAUUCGUCGAGUUCCUUGACGAAUCAGUUGGCUUUCCUUACUGUUCUUACAUAGAAAUUCUAGGAAUUUUACAAAAGUCGGAUUAUCAAUAUGAUAGGCAAUUGAUUUCCAAUGCGUUUGCUGAAAUGCUUGCCUGUCAGCGCGCUCUCAAGGUCUGUGUGCAAAAUGUAAAUCCGGAUUAUGCACAGAAGGUUGGUGAUUUUUUCGUCGGUUUUGAGGGGAGCUUUGGAGCAAUGCAUGUUUCGCCGCGUACUCUUACCUCUGCUCUACUAGGACAUAUGGUGUGUGUGGAAGGAAUCGUAACUAGAGUGUCCGUUGUUCGUCCUAAGAUAACGUGUAGUGUUCACUAUUGUCCAAUUACAAAAAAGGCUAUUGAGCGUCGCUAUGCUGAUAUGAGCAGCUUGGAUGCUUUUCCUUCUGCUGGAGCUUACCCGACUAAAGAUGAAAGUGGCAAUUUGCUGGAAACUGAAUAUGGGCUCUCUACUUAUCAUGAUCAUCAGAAAAUAACAAUUCAGGAAAUGCCUGAGACGGCUCCGGCUGGCCAACUGCCUAGGUCUAUUGAUGUUUUAUUGGACAAUGACCUAGUUGAUUCUUGCAAGGCCGGUGAUCGUAUUCAAGUUGUCGGUCAGUUUCGUUGCCUUCCUGGGAAAAAGAAUGGGUAUACUUCUGCCAGCUUCCGUACGGCUUUGAUCGCGAAUAAUAUUCAAUUUUUCAACCAGCAGUCGGAACCUAACUUUUCUGAUGCAGAUAUCGGCAUGAUGCGGGUUAUUUCCAAGCGCCAUGAUAUCGUGGAUCUUCUUGCACGUUCUUUGGCGCCUUCUAUCUAUGGCCACCGUUACAUAAAGAAAGCAAUACUUUACCUACUCCUGGGUGGCGUAGAGAGACUCUUGUCAAACGGUUUACGCAUAAGGGGGGAUAUAAAUGUGCUUCUCUUGGGUGAUCCCUCGGUUGCAAAAUCACAAUUUCUGCGAUUCGUUCUUCACAUUGCCAAUCUGGCCAUUCCAACUACUGGUCGGGGCUCUUCUGGGGUCGGUUUGACUGCUGCUAUUACCACCGAUCAUGAAACCGGUGAACGCCAGCUGGAAGCCGGUGCCAUGGUCUUGGCAGAUCGCGGUAUUGUCUGUAUUGAUGAGUUCGAUAAAAUGUCCGAUAUUGAUCGAACGGCCAUCCAUGAAGUGAUGGAACAAGGACGUGUGACGAUCGCCAAGGCUGGCAUUCAGGCCCAGCUCAAUGCGAGAUGUUCCGUACUGGGUGCCGCCAAUCCCGUAUACGGCCGCUAUGAUCAGUACAAAACGCCAAUGGAGAACAUUGGCCUGCAGGACUCCCUGCUGUCGCGAUUUGAUCUGCUCUUCCUGGUGUUGGAUAAUGCAGAUCCUGACAGUGAUCGUGGGAUUGCUGAACAUGUUCUUCAAGCCCAUCAGUAUCGAGCUCCAGGAGAGCAGAAUGGCGAAGCUAUGCCUCUGCAAGACACCGCUGUUCAUCUCGCCACCUGCAAUAUGGACCCUAGUUUGGUUAAAGGCACUGCUAUUACUGAUCCUGGCGAGCAUCGUAAGGAAUCAGCUGAUCAAGUGUUUGAAGAUCAAAGUGGCUUCAUUGGUAGUGUUAGGGGUUCCAGAAAUAUGGAGUAUUUUACAACGAGUUUCCUUAAGAAGUACGUUCACAUCGCCCGUCAAUUGCGGCCUCAGUUGAGCAAAGAGGCUGCAGCCAUCAUAUCAGAGAAGUACUGCGACUUAAGGAUGCAACAGGACGUCGAAAACUCUACGUUGCGUCGCACUCAACCUGUUACUGCUCGCACGCUUGAGACACUCAUUCGUCUGGCCACGGCAAACGCUAAGGCUCGUAUGUCAAACACCGUCACCAAAAUAGAUGCUGAGGCUGCUGUGGAGCUGAUUUCAUUCGUACUCUUCAAGGAAGUACUGGAAAAGUCGCGCCGAAAGAGACCUCUUACCUCUGCGGGAGUGGAUGGGGCUGGUAGGUCUGGGUCGUGUUCGGAUUCCGAUGCAGAAGCUGAAAACACGACAAGUAGACCAAGUAAAAGGGCGGCAACGGCAGUGAUUGGGUCGGGGACUUUCGAGUCAACGCAGAGUCGAAGCGGCCGUAAUGUGUAUGCCUUUGACGAGGGAGGAAAAGGAGUACUUGGUCUGGGUGGGAUCCAACUGCCAGAGUCGCGACUUCGGAUCCUCUCAACUCUUGUCUCUAGGGCCUUCCAAGAGCGUCGCGUUGAACAGCUUGCCGUUCCGGAGGUUAUCGCCUUCAUCAUGGCGCAAACCUCAGAGUUCACCCGUGCUGAGAUAGUGGCUGGAUUGGACGCACUGCACAACAGCAACCGUAUCAUGGUUACGAAUGAUGAUGUCUGGUUAAUCUAA